UGCAUUCAACACUCACGUGAUCGGGUCAUUAUUACUAACGUUUUUGUUAGCAGCAACUGUUUAUAUUGUCAUAGUUUGUGUCUUUUUUUACCAUUAUGUCUUCGAGGAAAGGACUCAUACUUUGUCUUAAGUGUCCGAAAUCAUCGUUAUUUUUAAAUCAUCGAGGUUUGCGCACAUCCGCCUGCGCUCUUACGACACACGGACGAGGACACGAUGGACCCCGGGUCAGUCACCACCCAAUCGGUCUACCUCGCUUCACCCACCGCCCAAUUGACAAGAACCUGUCAAUUACGCAUCAUCGUCACCAUAAUGAGGCUGACAGCGGUCACGCGAGGGAGCCACGUCCCCUUGUUCUAUUGUUUGCUUGGCUGUUUGCUAAACCAUCACAUUUGAAGAAAUACUGCGACUUCUAUCUAGAACAUGGCUUCGAUGUUCUCACUGCCAGGCUAACCGUCUCGGAGCUGUUGCGGCCGAAGAAGGUCCAAAGUGUGAUGACGAACGUCCUUGACCUUUGCCACGAGGGCCCCAGACAAGAGCAGCCCCUUCUCUGCCACGCCUUCUCCGUAGGAGGAUACAUGUACGGGGAAUUGCUCACCAAUCUCGCCAGGGAUAUGGAGAAAUAUCCGGAGUUUGGCCGCCGAAUGUUCGGAAAGAUAUUUGACAGUCCGAUAGAUUACUACGGGGUACCGAAGGGCGUGGCCAGAGCGAUAACAAACGACAAGGAGAAGUCGCAGCGGAUUGAAAAGUCUGUACACUGGUAUUUGGAAAAAUUUCGACCAAUUACCCAUCAAUAUAUAAGGGCAUCUGACAAUGUACAUGCAAACGAGAUGAAAACUCCAGGGCUCUUUCUGUAUUCAUUAAACGACCCUCUUUGUAAUCCUGAGCAUAUAGAAACGCUUGCCAAAACAUGGCGGCUAAAUGGAAUCGAGGCUGAGACCGCGUUCUGGAAGCGUGCGCCUCACGUGACGUCCUUCAAAAUGUAUCCGGAUGAGUAUAAGUCACAUGUGAUUGAUUUCAUUUGGCGGACUGGUAUACCAGGACAUAGAAUGCCGCGUAUCCAGCCGCCCGUCCAGGAGGAACCGGAAGAAGACUUCAGGGAGCAACAGAUUCUGAAGAUGGCACUGGCUUAAAUAUAUAUGUUACGGAUUUGUGUAGGCCAGACUUAGUUUACAAGUUUCUAUACAUAUAUGUUUUCAGUAUUUGUAUUGCAUCAUAAUGACACAUAUGUUAAAUGUUGUUUAUAGUUUUAAUCAACACAGCUGGAUGCACAGCUUGUAACUAAAAAAAGUCGUUCAUUCUCGGUCAGCACUUGAUAUAUUCACCUUGCACCGCAAUGACCAUGUAUAAUUGUUGACCAAACAUUUUUU